GUUCUCUUUCUCUAUCUCAUAUUACCGUUGACUUUUUAUAUUAGACUUUUGAACACUUUCAUUUCUCUUAAUUCCCAUAGCUAUGGCUCACCAUAUCAUUUCUUUAGUCUCAUCCCAUUCCAAUUCUUGCAGCUAUUGCUUUGAUUUCUUAUGGAUAUGAAUAGCACAGAUGGGUCUGGAGGAGGAGGAGGAGGAGGAGGGUUUCUUGGUUCUAAUAGUAACAUUGGUGGAUUUGGUUAUGGCAUAGGAGUUUCCAUUGGCAUCCUCUUGCUCAUCACAACCAUCACCUUAGCUUCCUACUUCUGCGCUAGAACAACCCAGCAAUCACCUGUGUCCAACCAAAGAGGGGAUAGAGAAGAGCCAUUUGAGCUGCAGAAUAUUGUGACGGAUGUAGGGCUCGAUGAGGCCACUCUGAAGAGCUAUCCUAAGCUGUUGUAUUCUGAGGCAAAGCUUCACAAGGCAGAUUCCACUUCUACUUGCUGCUCUAUAUGCUUGGCGGAAUACAAGAACACUGAUAUGCUCCGCCUGUUGCCGGACUGCGGCCAUCUCUUCCACCUCAAAUGUGUUGACCCGUGGCUGCGUCUGCACCCUACUUGUCCAGUUUGCAGAACUUCUCCAUUGCCUACUCCUCUCUCAACCCCUCUUGCUGAGGUGGUUCCAUUGGCAAGCAGGAGCGGUUAACAGAUACAUACCAGGAAACAAAAUUCAGGGUCGUCUUCUCAAGCCAUCUCUCUGCAGUACUCACAUCUCCAUGGAUCGGCUUCACCUGUUUACAGAGCUGUUUCUUUGAUGUAAUUCCUUUCUAUUCUUUAUCUUGAAAAAAUGAUGAAUUUGUAUGUCACACUCCAUGAUUGAAAUAGAUAUACAUACAUGUGCAGAUUA